GUAAUUGAAACCAUCCUAAAGUUCCUUUUUUAUUAAUCUAGAGAUAAACCCGAUUAUUGCUGACUUAAGCAUCGAAGUGUCUACCCCAAGGACCCACCUCGGGGGUUUGCAGGUUUAUCCAAAGUGAAGACGUAGAUUGAAGAAGGAUCUCUAGUUUGGUGCAAUUACAUUUGGUGCCGUCUGUGGGAAUCGAAACUGAAAGCUCUCUUGUUGCUCUCUCAUCAUGGCUAACACUCGAUUAGUCCGAGCUGGAAAUCCAUCUCAGCUUCUUGGACAAGGUCAAGUCCCCAACAACCUUCCACCUCACCUUCCACCUCAGAUCCCAAUAUUUACAGCUCAGCUUGCUACCAUGCAACAACAGUUUGGUGUCUUUCAGUUAAUAUUGGCUCAGCUUUUAGCUCAGAAUAAUCCUGGUGAUCCCCUCAUCAAUUUACUCAACCCUACUCCACAACCCUCAGCUCCAUACUUAGAAAAAUUGGUAGCCGAACAACGAGGUGUCCCACCUUCACACCAUACUGCUGACUCCAUACCCCUUCCUCUGAACACCAACAUCACAUUGGAACCCUAUCCUGCUAGCUUUAAAAUACCUCAGCUUGAGACUUAUGAUGGGAUGAAGGAUCCCGAUGAUCAUCCACAUGCUUUCUACUCUUCCUACCUCCAAGGUCAAUCAGCUCUUAUACAGAAAUGGCAUUUGCUUUUGCCACAAAGUUUUCCAGUAGAAGUUAGCUCCAUCGGCCAGGCUGUGGGAAUUGCAACUGUGAUCUCAAGUCUUAACCAUGAGAGAUUCAGAGACAAUUUGAUCAAGCAUCCUGCUGCAACCUUUAACGAGGGGUCACAGCCACAAGGAGUUCGUAAUCCACCAAACAAGCAAGGCGUGGGAUAUCAGCAAGCCCCACCUCCGCUCCCAUCACCAGCUAGAAUUAUACACAUGAUUACGGGAGGAUUGGAAGCAGGAGGGUUGAUCUCCAAACAGAGAAAGUUAUAUGUCAAAGAGGUCAAACAUCAAAACCGAGCUAAAAAACGGAAGUUUGACGAUGCUGACUGGAAGAAUCAACCCAUUACUUUCACAUCUGCUGAUUUCAACACAGUUGUCACACCCCACAAUGAUUCUCUAGUCACUUCUGUCAUGAUUAACAAUUGUGAAGUGCAAUGUGUCCUUGUUGACACAGGGAGUGCACCAGACAUCAUGUACUUCCACUGUUUUGAGAGUCUUGGGCUGGAUCCAGCUUUGUUGCAGCGGGAUAGCAACACUACAGGGCAACUAGGAGGUGUCGAAGAUGUCGAGGAGGUGCACAUUGACAACAGAGAUCCAAGCCGAAAGAUGCAAAUUGGAACUCAAUUAAGCCCGGAGGAAAAAGCAGAGCUAAUAGCUUUUCUUCGAGCUAACAAUGACGUCUUCGCUUGGACUUCGACAGAUAUGCCAGGAAUUCCAACCUCGGUAUUUCAACAUCAGCUUAGCAUUAAUCCAUUGAAAAAACCAGUAGCUCAGAAGCAACGUCUCUUCGGGGGGGAAAGGCUGCAAGUCAUAAAGGAAGAGGCAAAUGGUAAAUGGAGAAUGUGCAUUGAUUACGCAAAUCUCAACCAAGCUUGCCCCAAGGAUUGCUAUUCGAUGCCGAGCAUUGACAAACUGGUUGAAGCAGUUUCGGGAAAUGAGAGAUUAAGUCUCUUGGAUGCAUAUUCUUGGUAUCACCAGGUGCCGAUGGCUCCGGAAGAUGAAGAGAAAACCUCGUUCUAUGCUGGUGAUGAAAUCUAUUGCUAUGUCAUGAUGCCAUUUGGCUUAAAGAACGCAGAGCCUAAAGCAGAAGAUCAUUUAGCUGAUCUCGAUGAAACUUUCAAUAAUCUCAUAAAGAACAGAAUGCGGUUAAACCUAGCCAAAUGCAUCUUCGGUGUGGAGUCUGGGAAAUUUCUAGGCUUCAUGGUUUCUCAAAGAGGGAUUGAGGUCAAUCUAGAAAAGAUCAAAGCAAUUACCGAGAUGGAACCACCGAAAUCAGUGAAAGAUAUACAGAGGUUAACUGGAAGAGUGGUAGCUCUUCAUAGGUUCAUAUCGAAGUCAGCAGAUAAGUGCCUGCAAUUUUUCAAGAUCAUGAGGUCAGCCGCCCAAAAGGAUGAAUCAGGCAAACAGAAGAAGUUUGAAUGGAACCAGGAAUGCCAAGCUGUAUUCGAAGAGCUGAAGUCUUAUCUUAGCUCACCACCUCUACUGACUAAGAUUAUAGAUGGAGAGAUUCUCUAUUUAUAUAUGAGAAUUUCAAAUGAAACCAUUAGUUCAAUUCUGGUAAGAGAAGCCAAACAACAGAAGCCAAUUUAUUACAUCAGCAGCAUGCUACAUGGCGCAGAAUUGAGGUAUCCUAUUGUUGAGAAAGCAGCAUUAACAGUUGUCACUUCGGCCAUGAAGCUGAGGCCAUAUUUCCAGUCACAUCCAAUCAUUGUCCUCAUAGACCAACCUCGUCGACAAAUUCUGCAGAAGCCGGAGUGCUCCGAAAGAUUAAUUAAAUGAGCAAUAGAACUGAGGGAAUUCG